CGCGAAUCAAAACGUCAACGUAUACUUAUUUUUAGUCUGUGGCUUGUCUCGAGUGAAACAGCUUACCCGAAUGUGUAAAAGUGAAAAUAUUUAGAAAAAUCCAAUUUAAAACCUAGAUUUUGUCACUAAUCUAGAUAACAAUGGAGUUAAACGACGUUAUAGUCAACCAGCCUGUCGUCAUUGAUAAUGGCUCUGGAGUGAUCAAAGCCGGUUUCGCUGGUGAUCAGAUUCCAAAAUGCAGGUUUCCAAACUAUAUCGGACGACCGAAACACGUCCGUGUUAUGGCCGGAGCCCUAGAAGGCGAGCUGUUCGUAGGCCCCCGCGCUGAGGAGCACCGUGGGCUGCUUAGCAUCAAGUACCCUAUGGAACAUGGUAUUGUGACUGACUGGAACGAUAUGGAGAGGGUGUGGAAUUAUAUUUAUAGUAAGGAUCAACUAUCAACAUUCGCUGAAGAGCAUCCGGUACUGCUGACGGAGGCUCCCCUCAAUCCUCGCAGGAACAGAGAGAAGGCUGCCGAGGUGUUCUUCGAGACUUUCAAUGUACCCGGGUUGUUCCUGUCCAUGCAGGCUGUGCUUAGUUUAUACGCCACAGGCCGUACAACAGGCGUAGUCCUAGACUCAGGUGACGGCGUCACCCACUCGGUGCCGAUAUACGAAGGCUUCGCCAUGCCGCACAGCAUCAUGCGAGUAGAUGUAGCCGGCAGAGAUGUCACCCGGUAUCUUAGGCUUCUUCUCCGCAAAGAAGGCGUGAACCUUCGCACAUCAGCUGAGUUGGAAAUAGUUAAGGCUAUCAAGGAGAGAGCUUGCUACCUCUCGCCUAAUCCUCUGAAAGAGGAGACUUUGGAGACUGAGCGAGCUCAUUAUACGUUACCUGAUGGCACUGGCUUGGAGAUUGGUCCAGCCAGGUUCCGUGCUCCAGAAGUCUUGUUCAGGCCUGAUCUCAUUGGCGAGGAGUGUGAAGGUCUCCACGAAGUCCUAAUGUUCGCCAUCCAGAAGUCAGACAUGGAUCUUCGCAAGGUGCUCUAUCAGAACAUAGUACUCAGCGGUGGUAGUACUCUAUUCCGCGGCUUCGGAGACCGCCUGCUCGCUGAGAUACGCAGGCUGGCUCCUAAGGAUAUGAAGAUUAGGAUCUCAGCGCCCCAAGAGCGUCUAUACUCCACAUGGAUAGGGGGUUCGAUUCUCGCGUCACUCGAUACAUUCCGCAAGAUGUGGGUCUCUAAGCGAGAAUAUGAUGAGGAGGGCCAUAGGGCCGUACAUCGCAAGACAUUCUAAAUUAAACAGAACUAUAAAACAAGUCAUUUUUUGAGAAAAUGUGGAGAGAAAAUGCAAUUUUUAUGGCAAUUUUUAAGGUUACUGAUAAAGUCUCUGAUAGUUUAUCGGGAAGUUAUCUGGCAGAUAAACUAUAACCGUCUUACCACAAAAACUUUCAAACGUCAGUUUAAGACUUGUCUAAAAAAAAUCAGAUUAUGACGUUGAAAUAUGGUUCAUUUUGCAGCCACAAUUUUUUUAGACACGUGUAAAAUAGAUGUUUAAGUUUUUGUAGUAAGGCCACAAGUUUCUUUUCAUGGAUAUCUGGUUGACAUUAUAAGCAGCAUUUAUCUAGUAGAUAGUUAACUAUCAGAUAACUAACUGACACUUUAUCGGUAACCAGAAAACAGUCAUAUUUGAGCGAAUAUUACAAUAGGGCACACUAAGACUUUCUAUAUUAAAACGAUAUAUAAACGAAAAUAAAGUCAUUUUAAAAAAAGUCUCGGAAUAAAAUCUAUGUAAAAUAUUCUCUAAAUAAACCAUUCUUAAACAGCUGACCAAUUAUGUAUGAAAUUUGGUAAGCAGAGCCCUUGAAAACCAAUUUUAUAUAUAUAGGUAGUUACCAACUAAAUAUCACUGAAAAAGUUAUCACUUUUUAUGUUUUUGAAAUUCACAUAAAAUAUCACCAUUUUAAAUAUAAACUGUCAUAGUUAUAAUUUGGGCCGAUUUUACAAUAAUCAGUUAACUUCUAUCUGAGGAAUAAAUAUGGCGGUUUGACAUAUUUUCUAUAUAAAAGCUGUCAAAACGUCAAACAUAAUGAACCGAUUUUAAUAUUAAAUACAUGUUUUACGUUGAUGAAACCAGGGGCGCGAUUCUACUAAUUUUACUCAAGCGACAUACGAUUCACAUUCGACUGAGAUCCAAUCCCGACUCAAUUACGAUUGAAGCGUAUGUGGCAUUCCGCUAUAUUUUCUUUUAAAUAACAAUUUAAAAAUAAAUAUUAUCUGCAAAUUAUUUACGAUUGCAAUAUGAUUGUAGAGCAAACUACCGUAUAGACCAAAUGACAGACCAAAUGACAGACCAAUCGCAAAUCAAUCGAAUGUCAUUGGAAUACGAUUAGUUUUAUAUUAGUAGCAGAAUGCCCGAUAUGGUUAAAACUGCUAUUGCGAUUCAAUUUCUAUUAAAUUUUGAUAUUAUUAACUUAGCAGAAUCGGGCCCCAGGAGAAAAAGCUAGGAGGAUAUUAUAUUAUGUAAAAUAAAGUAUAUGUUAUGCAUUUAAGUCCUGUUAAGCCAGCUCUGUGUUUGUCAAAACAUUGCAUAAAAUCUAACCCGCUACCUUACUCUGGAGUCCUAAAGAAAAAAUAUACUAUACACACGCUUACAUAGUAUUUAAACGCAUUGCAAUAUUAUAGUUUUCAAACCCAAGUUCACCGACAACAUAACAACCAUUCUUCCUAAAACCACUCUAUGAAAAUUGAAUAUGAAAUGUCAUAGUACACAGUUGUUUUAAGAAAACUGUCGUUUAUAUUGUCAGUGAAUUUGGGCCUAAAUAUAGUAUUAUUUAACCUGAGAUUCACGAAAUCAACUGUAUCUGCGGACUUCAAUAACCGAUCCAUCCGUUCUUUUGCGAAUGGAGGUUGAAAGCCAACAUUUAUAUGAAGCUUAUGACAAACUUAAAUCCCUAAUAGAGAAAAAUAAUAGGUAUUA